UCCUGACACCCGUCCUCCAUGUCUGCACCCGCUCGGUGUUGAGGUACAGCUCUGCCAUGCGCUUCCUUCUCCGCAUCAUCAUUGUAGCCACCCUGGGCAUCACCAUCCUUGUGACCUGGAGGCUUCUCUGGACGCCAGGAGGUGACAUGGCCCCCAAGGCGGAGGAGGAUUUCACUCUGACACUGGACACCUUCCUCCAUGUUCAGCAGCUCAGGAAGAAAAGCCUGAGAGCUUUCUGCAGCCGGUCAGGCAAAGCCACCAUGCUCCAGACAAGCCGUGAGGAGAGAGCUCAUCUGCUCUCCAGGGUUAGGGUGAGCACCAAGCUGAAUUUCCUCUACUGCCAGGUGCCGGCAACAGGGGUGGAGGGAUGGCAGCAGCUGCUGGAAGAGCUGGAAGAGAAAGAAAAUGGGACGCUCCCAGCACCGCUUCCCUACCCUCAGCAGCACACUCUGCAGACAGAGCUGGGCAGGCUCAACCUGAGCACGAUAGAAGCUGUGAUAGGGUCCUACACCAAAGUGCUCUUUGUCAGGGAUCCUUUCCAGAGGCUGGUCGCUGCUUACCUGCAAAGCAUGCACAGAAGCUCUUCCUUCAGCAAUUUUGUCCAGGAGGCUUUAGACACGGGGAUGCAAAAUGCCGGCACAGCCUGGAAACCACUCGUCAGCCUGUGCCUGCCCUGCCUCAUUCAGUACGACUAUGUGCUGAUGUUUGGCUUCCUUAGGCAGGAGCUGGGCCACCUGCUGCAGCGCACCAGGCUGAAGGCCAACACCCACCUCCUCGAGCUCACCGAUCAACACGUGCUGUGGACUUACAGCUGGCUGUCCAAGAAGCUGCUCGGCGAGCUGUCCCUCCAGCAGAAGCAGCAGCUGGCUCAUUUCUACCGCUGGGACCUUUCUGCUUUCCCAUUUUCUCAUAGCUUGCUGUCGGACCAUCUCAGCACUCCAGAAAGCUUGUAGGAAUGCUCCAUCUGGAGGGAACAUUUCAGAGAGCAUUAAUUCAAGUGCUGUGAACUAGAUGAACUCUUGAAGACCGUUGCUGUGUGAUUGUCCAUGCCACAGCUCCAACUGAAAGGGAAGAGAAUUGAGAUUGACCAUUGCUGGGGACAAGGUUUCAAGGCCCUUUACACUGCUGAGUUGCAUUACAAAAUGCAGGACCAAGCCCUGGAGAAACACAUGGCUUUGGGAUAGCACUGGAGCAUAGAAAACUGCACAUCCACUGUGGUGGAUUGAAUAGCUUUCAACAAACCCAGCAUUUGGGGGCAUCCUCAUGGGCGCUGAAUGCACUCCUAUUUGUAGUCUGGGCACUCUCUUCCUUUUGGGCCAAGAGCAUUGGCAAUGGCUUCUUUGUGACGAGCCUGCUCACACAAAUGAAAACUCCUAAAGCAGCACAGCCAGCAUCUGCCUACUCUACGCAAACCGGUGAGAUGGCACUGUGUCAGACCUCCUAGGGAACUGCUGAUGGUGUUCCCAACCCUGCUGUGCUGUGAGAAGGCCAGGCCUGCCCCAAGAUUCAAUCACACUGCAGGGCAGCCCCGAGCAGCCAUUGUCUUCUUCAGACUCAAUCACAGUGCUGGUCCAUCCUCACCAGCCAACAAGGGUCCUUUCACCUUUCCACAAGUUCCCAGACAUAUACAAUUCCCUUACUUUCAACAGAACUAAGCGUUGCCUUGAAAAGGUAGCAAGGCCAUAACAUUAAAGCCAGAGACUGAACCUAGGGAGCACCCAGAGCCAACCCAUCCCUCAACUUUGCCCUUGUCCUGUCCCUCACCCAAGCGGGUAUAAAUCACCUCAGGAAUAACAAUCAGUAACAUUUCAUUCCUCCCAGGUCCUUCCUCUGAUGUCCUCUGGUGUUCAAAAGAUGAGAGAAAGACAUGAAAGGAAUAAGCUGAAUGUGUCGAAUGAAUCAGUCUUUUGUUAGAAACCUUAGCAUCUCUAGUUUACAUCUUUAAUCAGAGAAGACAAGAUAGCACAUCAACUAAAAUUCCAUCAAGUCCCCAGCAUAGCCCUAGGAUUGCUGUAGACAAAGCCAUCCUCUUUAAUUUAGGAUAAAUCAGCUAUUGGUCACGUUUUAAGAUCUCCCUCUGAACCACUGCCAUUACAUAUGUAAGACCUUCAUCACAGUGAGCUAAUGUCAAAAUUCCUGCUUAUCUUUCUCUUUGUAGUGGUGUGUGCUGAGGGCUCAUAGAAGGGUCCAGCCCUCAGUGUCCCUCAUACCUUUUUGCAUCUCCACUUGAGGACUGUUUGUCCAGGUUCAGUGCUUUUAAGUCCUUUUUGGACUAAGAAUAGGUGAUAAGGUGAUAAUUCUCUCCCAAGUUUUGUUUAUUUGUUUAAAAAAACCAACAACCCCAAUACAAUAACCAGGCAAUUUCAUACUGUCUUGCAGUGAGUGUCUCCCAUCCUUGCAGCAAUUCCAAACGAAAUCUGUAGGAUUUUCAGUUACAUCUAGAUAACAUUAUUUUCCACUUACUCUUCAUUUGAAUCUGCAGCACAGCUAUGAUCUGGCUGCAAUCUUCUCUCCUGGAGGAAACAGAGAUUGAGAAAUGAAAUGUGAAAAUUCCAUGAAUCACAGUAGUUGAGCCACCUGAACAUGGAUUGUUUUCUUCCAUUACAGUCCUACUGCCUUGUAGUCCCUCUGCUAUAAGCCUAUUUUCACAGGGAGAGUUUGCUCCUCAAGCUUUCCUUUCACAUGUGCACACAGUAUGGCUUACAGAAGGGAACUGUAAACAGGAGAAAAAAAGUUGCAUUAAGCAACUCUGUUUAGCCUUAAGUAUAGUGAACUCAUGCUGUAUAUGCAGGCCUGCUAUGUAAAUAUAUACAUGAGGACAUAGCUGCAGAGAACAGCACUGAUUGAAGCAGCUGAAGAACACAUUGAUUUAAUACUACAAUAUUUUAAUAUUGAAUUAUUAAUAUAAUAUUAGAUUAAUAAUUACUUCAUAAAUUAUUAAUUAUUAUUAAAUUAUUAUAUUUAAUAAUUAUGUUUAAAGGCAGAGUAAAACAGCAAAGGAAGCAAAACAUGAAAAUUCAGAUGCAAGAUCUUGGUACUUCAGAUCUGGGGAAGUAAUACUGCUGAAAGUGUUAACCAUAGUAGUGUCCCUACUGCCAAGGAAAGGCAAUGAGAACUUCAGGAGAAGACAGUGUGCAGAGGGAGGCUUGCAGACUCUGUUAGAGAUAGAGAUUUUGGCACAGCAAAGUUAUUUCAGUUCUCUCUACUGAACAGAGUGGCAGUGUGCAGGCUACUUCUGUUCCUGUUUACAGUAAGGAGCAGUACUCAUGUUUCUGGGAAAGAACAGAAAAGCACCCUGAACCCAGAAUAAAGCCAGUGUGACAAAACCCAACUACUCUGAUUGCAUGCACUGUUUCUUUUAUCACGCAUUUACACAAGCAUUGAGCAGUUAAAGGCCUGCAGGUCUUGCAGGUGUACCCUGGAUGAAUAAGCAGCCUUGUUUUUUGGGCAGUCACAAAGAGCACACACAGAAUCCUGUUGGGAUGUCUCCAAAUGUGGGGAUUCUGUACAUCUCAGGCUCUCAAGUGUACAAGUUCCCUUUCGGUGGGCAGCACAGAACCUUCACAAUGAAGAGCCCAAGGCCUUGGACAAAUGCUCUUAUCCACAUAAACAUCCAAACAAGGUUACAUUCAUUAUGCAUUUUUGUUCUUUUCUGCACGAGAACAAACAAACAGUGAUGACUUCAGAGUCCUCAGUCCUCCAUUCCUGGCUAAAUCCUUACUUUUCAUCUCUAAACCCUUCACCUUUCUGUUGAGUACAGCUUGGCACCUUUGUACAACUCCUGUGCUCACACUGUGGUGUAACUGCAUUUCCUGGUAGAUGAAGCCAUUUACUCAUACAGACAAAUGCAUGUGCUGUUAAGUACAGGACAUGAAUUUGUUGAUAAAGCAGCUGUGAGGAGCACGUACACACAGUCCUAUAUGAGGAAGCUCUGUACUCUAUGCUCACAGAGACAGAUAUUCGACUGACUGCUCUGAGGAUUCUCCACAAACAUUCCUUAACCCACCUCCAUGAUCUCACAGCUUUAUUACCUCCUUUUCUCUUUUUCCCACCCCAGAUCUUCUGCAGCAAUUCAUAGGACAGAAGAAAUUGCUGUCUCAUUGAUGGGCUCCAUAUCUUGAGUCCCAGCCCCAAUCUGACAGGCUGAGAAGACAAAGGCUCCCUUUCCCUUCGGCCACUACUAAGAAAACAUCUCUUUCAGAAAACGUCAUUUUCAAAGAAGUCUCAUUUCAGUGAUAGCAGAGCUCUGCACCUCGUGUUAAAGUAUUAAAUCCUGCCGCAGCAUCGCUGGAGUUGGAUUAUACUGACAUCUAGAGUUAGCAAAGGAACAGUACUGCACUGGCUAGGUAAGAACGUGCAGAUGCCUGAUGAGACAUCUCAGUGUAUCAGACAUCCCUGUGUUUAUUACCUUUAUUUGCAGAACAUCUUUGUGAUUGUUAGUGCACAAAGUACAUAAGUUCUUUGUACUAGUUUCCUCUGGAUUCACAACCCUGUGCCUGUUGCACAGUUAACUGUGGGUCAAACUGGUUUUCAUAGCCAGCCUAAAAUUUCUCACUGGGUACCCAAUGAAAAUCUGCAAAUGCACAAGCUAAAGAGGAUUAAUGGUUCAUUUAGAAAAGCCUGAGAGCAGUGUGAUCUCUAACAUGGUGAAAAUAGUAAUACUGCUUCACAUACCUGUCCUAUAUCUGUGGCUGGAUUCAGUCUGGUGCCAGAAUCCAUAACAAUGUAUGAAUGUACUGAGAGACAGAAAUAAAGAAUAAAUCAGCACAGCUGAUGAAACUGGCACACUGUGCUUUCAUAUAAGGAGGAGCAAUAUAUCUGUCCACCUCUACCCACACUUGGCCAGUGCUCAACAACUUAUGUCAAGCUCAAUUGCUCAUGCUAUCUUUUAAACUGAGUUCACCCCUAAUGUAAAACAAAAUAACUUUUUUCCCCUGGAGAUUGAUUGGAACCAGCACAGACUGGGUCCAAGCUGCCAGGAGCAAUGCUCUGUACCUGAGCAUAACCCAUUAAGGCAUUAGGUCAGAUUCUAAUGAAUUGUCUUAUUUCUUCUUCCUUUCCAAAAGAUUCCAGUGCUAUUUUUACUUAAUUCUGAUACAUUGCUGUUCCUUUCUGCUAAGGCAGUGCUGCCAUCUCUCACAUAAGCAAAUCCCAUAACUAGGAAAUGGACAGAAGGCCACACUGGACCAAUGACAGAGCUAGGGACAGGCUGACAGCCAGUGCUCACUCCCUAUGAAUGUUUUCUUGAUCCAAACAGAAGGCCAUUUCCCUGCUGACUCCCUCAUUGCUGUCACCUGUCAGACAAUCCAUCUCAACCUCAGAGCAAGCAGCACCGUAACUGAAAUAGCAGAAUGGCUUCUCUUUGUUAGUUUGAAGCAAUAGCCAAGGUCAGGAAUUCUAGACAGGAAAAACAAACAACAGAAUCAGAUUUCAUUCCACAAACAGUCAAAAGAAAUACCACCACAUUGCAACUUAUCAAAAUCUUAAUGCUCUUAUGUUUUAUCCUCUCCAUCAAGCCCAUGCAGAAACGAAAAGCAUGAAAAGCUAUAAACAGAAAUCUGAUAAAACUGCCCUAUAUUCCCAAACCCAAUUGAAACUAUUUCAGUCAUUUUUAUUUUCCAGUGAAUCUCAGGGCUGACGGUGACUAUUAUGGACUCACUCCUAUAAAUCCAGUAGCAAAUCCUUUGCUUUUUGAAUGCAGUUAAAUAUUUCUUGGAGGUCAUGUGUAAUGUUUCUAGGUAGGAAAGGACAUGUAGCCCUGAAUUACAGCAACAAUGGCACUGGGGCUAUAAGUCCUCCCAGAAUCUCCCUGGAUGCAGUCAAUGCAACUGAAUAAGAACUGCCUCUGCAGUAUGAGUACUCACCCAUCUAUGGAACCCAACCCCAUUGCUGACAGGCUAACACAGAUCUCACAGGCAAUUUUAAUCCAGCAAAGCGAAUAGGAAUUUGAAAACAAUUAGACUUCUUUCUGACCAGGACUGAAGCCUAUCUACAGAAAUAUAGGUAACCACUUCAGACUUAUUUGGUAAAGUUUGUCAUAGGCAGGCCCCAGGAUCAGUCAUAACUUAGGCUUUGGAGACAAGCCCUUGCAAGCUUUGUCUGUUUCACUUGCUCUCUUGCCUCAAACCUCUGCCAAUGAGAUGCAGAAAGAUAUAUUUGCAUUCAGGGGGUGCCAAGGAAAACAGUCUGACAGUGCUCAUUUGUCUGCUGACAGAGACAGAUUACUUACCUGGUAGUCCCAGGAUCCUUUAGGAUUGAACUGUUUCAUCAGCUCAAGUCUUUUUAAGACGGUCUGACAUGCAUUCUAAAAACAAAUAGAGAAAAGCAAUUCUAUAAGGCUUGAAAAGAUAGCAUGUAGUAUUAAGAACACUUUAAAGCCUCAAAGAAUUUUCUGUUUAAGUCAAUAUUUCCUUUAGGACUUUGGCACAUAUAUAAAGGAACAAAGUUCAGUAGCAGAUGGCUUGUUGAGUAGGAGAAACGUAAACUGAAAAGAAUUUUAAAACAGAUUAUGCUGAUAGAAGAGAGGAAUCCCAAAUACAGCACAGAAGUUCCCAGACCAUUUCACAGAAUACCUUAAAUCCACUUGUUUAUACAGUAACGUUACCAACUGGCUGUGGGUCACCCUAACACGUGUAGCAAGGUGAGCUCCUAACAGUGAACAAAAUCCUGGCUGAAAUUCAGCCUACUCCAUCAAGCUGUGCAGAAAAAUAAAACCUGCCUGAAAUACUUCAGUUUUUUACUUUUGCUUCAAACCUGAGAAUGACCAGGACUAAGUUCUCCUUUUCAAUGGAAAUGUCAUAUGCCCUAUAAAUAGAUGCCUUGAUAACUCCACCCCAUGUCAGAGACAACUGUGAUGAUGCCAUUGCUACAGAGACAUUUGCUCUAAGCAUGUAACACCUAGAAGUCUUUGGCUCCACAGCAUAGGCCACAAAGCACCUGCGAGUAACAAUAUACUGUGCUUCAAGUGUAAGAUCUCGUUAAUUACUGAGAUAGUCAGCCAUUUAAAUAGAUAAUCUGUUCAUUCUGAACAAUCACAAAGACUCAAUUUUAUGACUACAGAAAUAUUGAAUGAGAAAAAAAAUAUUAGAACAAAAUAUGUCCAUUUGUUAUCUAACACCCCCUGACAGUUAUAGAAGUUGUGAGAUCCCUUUGCCUGCAAAGCCCUUUCUAAAGUUGUUUUCCUUCAGCAAUAGAUAAAUACACAGCAAGUUAUCAUCUUCUUGAGCCCCAGCUUAUGAUCCAGUAGCCUUAAUACUUGGUGUCAGUACAUGGAUGCUUAUUGCAUUGAUACCCACACUGACAGAUCCAGCUGUUGGGGAGGUAUUUGGGAUAGCGUUCAUGAUGGUCUAACUGAAAUAAAUGUUGAAGGUGGAAAUUCUCAGCAACCUGCUAGCAAUCUGCAGAGCAAAGAAAAACAAUUUCUAAGCAGCUCUUUUAUAGAGGAGCACGAUCAUUCACUGCCUACACUGCCAGGGUUCACACUGCAACUUCCAUCCUCUUCCAGUGAAAAGUUUCUCUUUCCUUGGAGACUCAGUUGACCUCAUGUCUACAUGGGGCAAACUUAGCAAUUUUCUGGCUAGUUUUCAAACACAACAUGAAUACAUGUGCACACUUUUGCCAAAACAACGGGCAUUCACUUCAUUAUUGUGAGACCAAGUUCUUCUCUCAAUUACAAGAGUAUCAGAGGAUUAAGAGCCCCAUUAGAUUCCCUUUUAUUUCCAUGCAAAAGCAUGGUUGUUCUUAGGCCUUUUCACCUAUUAAGAUAUUAAAGAAUAUAGAAAAAUGCAAUGUGACAAAUAUACCCAAAUGCACAAACUGUACU